GGCAGGUUUUGGAGGCAGAGGGGGUGACGUCAUGGGUUCAUUUGCAUAUUGAGCGGUAUUUAUAGGGUGGGCGCAGCCGAGAGGAACACUCUGCAGCAACGCGAGAGACUUUAUCGUGCAGUUCGCCGACAGAAUCACUGACCCUCCGCCAACAUGUCUGACAAACCUGAUGUCAAGGAAGUCGAAUCUUUUGACAAGACAAAGCUGAAGAAGACUGCGACCCAGGAGAAAAACACACUGCCAACUACAGAAACCAUCGAGCAGGAGAAGUCAGGAUGAAGGCCAGUCCUCCUGUAUGCCGAACAUUCCUCUUUCCUCGCCCCCUUUUGACUUUACACCAUGCAUUCCAAGUUGGAGUACCCUUUUGACCAAAUAAUGGCUGCUCAAAUGUGUGCCACUCGUUUCUCAGAUGUCCCUUUUUGUACAGGAAGGAAGUGUGGGUUCCUGGUCAUCUGUUCUUUGCUGUGGGUGAUGGUCUUGUGUAAAUUAACAACUGGGAAGAUUCACAUGAUCUGAAGCUUUUCUCUACUCUAGCCACCUGUGAAUGAUUGCAAAGCAAGUGUUCUGUUUAUCUUGUAAGGCACUUAAACUGGAAUGUUCAAAUAUGCAAAAUAAAAAAUGUAAAUUGA